AUGUUGUAUUGCCUUAUCCGCAUCAGACGACUCAAAUGCUCUGUUCAGUUGGAUCUGAAAGGCUCGGCCUGGCCUGAAAACUCAGAGGAGAGUAUGGGAAUCCGUCGCCUGAUGCCGCUGCAUGCAGCAUACACGCUGGAGGCUAUACUGAGCUCCUCAAAAGAUUUAACGUUUUCACAAUAUCAGACACCCUCGCACAGCUUAUGCACUCAUUUUUUUUCGGCUCCUAACGGAAACGCCAAAUCUGCACACCAACUAAUGCUGGAUCACAUAAAUGCAAUUGGUGGUAUUAAUUAUGGUCUAUUGCAACACUUCUAUGCUGGUGGGCGCAAAGAACAACGUUCAAUUAGAAUGGAAAAGGUUUUCCGAAAACUGCGCAUCAGAGCUGCAGUCCGUUGGGGCAUAACCCGGAACUACAAACAGGCAUCAGUUUUUGUGCCGAGUAGCUUGAUUGAGCUGGGUAAACGGACAGAGCAAAGACGACUGUUCACUGGGAUCCAAUCCACCAAAGCGCGUUCAGUUCUGAGGCUGAGCACAACUCCCACACCAUACAUCCCACGAGCCAUCGCUUCUGGGUCACCGGAUACACGGAGGGAGAAAUGUGAAACAGCUGAAGUGAAACAGCUGAGUUCAUCCUUGGAGUUCUGA